AUGGCAGCUGCCUGGACCCCCCCCCUCGACCCCUCUCCCCUGCACCGGGCAGGGUGGCAGUGUCCUCAGUGCAGAGUGUGUCAGAGCUGCAGGUUGCGAGGGGAUGAUGAUGUGAUGCUGGUGUGUCAGCGCUGUGAUAAAUCCUACCACACACUCUGUCUCAAACCUCCUCUGGAUCACACACCGAGCACCGGUUGGAGCUGCAAGAACUGCAGAAUCUGCCGCCGCUGUGGUGUGAGGUCAUCAGGCCAGUGGGCCAAUCACCCGUUUCUGUGCGAGUCAUGUGACCCGGCCCUGCCCUGCCCUCUCUGUGACCUCAACACACCACAGGACUAUUGGACCUGUGUGUCCAUACAGAGUGUAUCGUCCAGGCUGGGGAGGGCAGGGCGGGGUCUGAAGAUUACGUCUGCUCCACCUGCAGGCCUCAGGAAGAGGAGCCACUCAGUCCUACCCCGGCCCCCCCCUCUCAGUCCCACACAGGCACCUUCCAACAGCAUUUCAGAGCCACCACCACUUCCAAGUCACACAGAGGCUCCACCCAUCAGUCCCACCGCUCAUAGUCAAGUCCAGCUUACAUGCUCGGAGUCACCACAGAGUCCUGACGAGACCCUGUGCACACAACAAGGUCUGACACCACCUCAUCCUGAACACACAGAGAUACAUAGUCCUGCACCAUCCUUACCUGAGCAACAAGAGCUCCAACAAAGUCCAGCAGCAUCACACCCUGAAACCACAGAACUCAAACAAAGUCCCUCACCUUUGCACCAUGAGCAGACGGAGCUCCAAAAUAGUCCUGCAUCAUCCCUCCCUGAGCAAAAAGAGCUCCAAAAAAGUCCUGCUUCCUCCCACCCUGAUCCUACAGAACUCCAACAAAUUCCUUCGCCAUUGCACCCCGAUCCAACAGAGCUGCAAAAUAGUCCUGUUCCAUCACACCCUGAUCCUACAGAACAACCACAUAGUCCUGUUCCAUCACACCCUGAUCCUACAGAACAACCACAUAGUCCUGUUCCAUCACACCCUGAUCCUACAGAACAACCACAUAGUCCUGUUCCAUCACACCCUGAUCCUACAGAACAACCACAUAGUCCUGUUCCAUCACACCCUGAUCCUACAGAACAACCACAUAGUCCUGUUCCAUCACCCCCUGAUCCUACAGAACAACCACAUAGUCCUGUUCCAUCACCCCCUGAUCCUACAGAACAACCACAUAGUCCUGUUCCAUCGCACCCUGAUCCUACAGAACAACCACAUAGUCCUGUUCCAUCACACCCUGAUCCCACAGAACAACCACAUAGUCCUGUUCCAUCACACCCUGAUCCUACAGAACAACCACAUAGUCCUGUUCCAUCGCACCCUGAUCCUACAGAACAACCACAUAGUCCUGUUCCAUCGCACCCUGAUCCUACAGAACAACCACAUAGUCCUGUUCCAUCGCACCCUGAUCCUACAGAACAACCACAUAGUCCUGUUCCAUCGCACCCUGAUCCCACAGAACAACCACAUAGUCCUGUUCCAUCACACCCUGAUCCUACAGAACAACCACAUAGUCCUGUUCCAUCGCACCCUGAUCCUACAGAACAACCACAUAGUCCUGUAUCAUCUCACCUUGAAACGUCAGAGUGCGAACCAAUCCCUGAGCAAUCCCACUGCAAUCCAACAGAGCUCCAAAGCAGUCCUUUGCAAUCCCAGACAGAUCCCACAGAACUCCCACAAGGUCCUGCACCAUCCCUCCCUGAUCCUACAGAACUCCAACAAAUGCCCUCGCCAUCGCACCCGGAUCAAACGGAGCUCCAGAAUAGUCCUGCACCAUCGCUCCCUGAGCAAAAAGAGCUCCAACGAAGCCCUGUACCAUCGCACCCUGAUCCCACAGAACAACAAAACAGUCCUGUACCAUCACACCCUGAUCCCACAGAACAACAAAACAGUCCUGUACCAUCGCACCCUGAUCCCACAGAACAACUUAAUAUUCCUCCACAAUCCCUCCCCGAUCCAACAGAGCUCCAAAACAGUCCUUCACCAUUCCAACUUGUACCCACAGAACUCCCACAAAGUCCUGCACCAUCGCACCCUGAUUCGAUAGAACUCGAAAAGAGUCCUGCACCAUCCGGCACUGAACCCACAGAGCUCCAACACAAUCCUUCCCCAUCACAGACAGAUUCCACAGAACUCCCACAGAGUCCUACACCAUCCCACCCUGAACUCACAGAGCUCCAAGAAAUUCCUGCGCCAUCUCACCCUGAGCCCGGAGAAACACAUCAAAUUCCUGUCCCGUCGCAGCUCGGUCCCACAGAACUCCAAAAUAGUCCUGCACCAUCGCAGCCUGAUUCGAUAGAACUCGAAAAGAGUCCUGAACCAUCCAACCCCGAUCCCACAGAACUCCAAAAGAGUGCAUCCUCUGGCAAUGAACCUGGGGAGCUCCCACAAAUUAAUUCGCCAUCUCACCCUGAACCCAGAGAGCUUCAAGAAGUACCUGCGGCAUGCCCACCUGAUUCAACAAAGUUCCAAAAGAGUCCUGUAGCAUCGCAACAUGAACCCCUAGAACUCCAACGAAUAACUGAAACAUCCCAAUCUGAACCCACAGAGCUUCAGCCAUGCCCACCUGACUCAACAGAACUCCAAAACAGUCCUGCACCAUCCCAUGUCGAACCCACAGAACUCGAUAACAGUCCUGCACCAUCUCAUCCGGAUCCCACAGAACUCCAAGAUAGUCCUGAACCAUCUCAUCCUGAUCAUGCAGAACUCCAAGAUAGUCCUGAACCAUCUCAUCCUGAUCAUGCAGAACUCCAAGACAGUCCUGAACCAUCUCAUCCUGAUCAUGCAGAACUCCUAGAAACUCCAGUUUCACCACAUCCUGAUUCCACAGAACUCCAAACAAGUCCUGAACCAUCGCAUCUUUCUUCCACUGAGCUUCAGCAAAGUCCUUCACCAGCCCACUCUGACCCAACAGAACUCCAAAGCGGUUCUGUACCAUCUCAUCCUGAUCAUGAAGAACUACAAGAAACUCCUGUUCCAUCUCAUCAAGAUUUCACGGAGCAAAGUCCACCAACAUCUCACAGUGGCCCAACAAAUGUACUGGAAACACCAGCUUCAUUGAAUCCUUUAGAGUACCAGGAGAGCCCCACCUCACCUCAAGUUAGUCUGACAGAGGAUCAACGAAGCCCGACACAUGUGACCUUCUUUCAGGCUCAGCAGAGUCCUUGUCAGGUCAGGAACACCUCUUCCAGCCCAACUCAGGACUCCACAGAGGAUCAGGUUUUGGCCACAGACUUUCUGCACAGUCCAAUGCAGGGUAGUCCUUUGGCUUGUAGCCUUGUACGUUCUCCAGUAGGGUUUAGUCCUACCUGGUUUCUGUCUGGACCUGAGCAGAUCCCUUCACCACACACUUCACAGUCACCGCUCGACACACCAUGUAGUCCUGCUCACAACAUCACACAGCUUCAGAACAGAACCCCACAAAGACAGCAUAGUCCUACGCCACAUAGUCCUUCACAGGUCAGCUCACAGAGUCCCCCACAGGAGGCCGAACGUACACUGGAUCAUGAGAGCCCUGGAUCGAGCAGCCCUGCUGGAGCGCGAUGUGGGCCAGCACAGGGCCUUUCUACACUGAACCUCUCACCACAAAGACCCGCCUCACUUCGGUCCAUCUCAGCGCCAUGUAGCCCCUCACCGGCCCCCCUCAGAGCCACAAAGUGUAGUCUGUCCCAGCCUGCCAGCCCAGUACAGGGCCAGUCUACAAAGCCUUUGCAGGUUCCUACUCAGUCAAGACUGACAAAGGAACUAACAGGUACCACAGAGCCUAAAAUUGGUGCCCAAACACUGGAAAGUAGCCCCUCCUCUAACCACGGCACAGAUGAAGAACUUCCAGACGAGCCUGGACUCAGCCCCCAUCGCGGUCCUUCCACGCCAACACCAGAAAGCCUUGUUCACAUUAGCCUAACUAGCUCACCUUGUGAAACGGAGGAAGUUCCUCCCCCAACUAGCUUCACUCAGGGGGUUCCUUCUUGUGCAAGCUGCACAGAAGCUACUGAAGGGAGCCCCACAAAUAUCCAAAACAGCAUACCAGUGGAGACUAGCCUUGCAGAGACUGGUCCAUCAGCAGAACUGGCUGCAUCCAUCCAGCCGAGCCAGGAUGAGGAGAUGAUAGGUGGCAACUCUCCAAGUUCUUUUAUUCUGUCAGAAAGUCCUCUGAGCCACCCAGACAGUCAAACAGAAGCUAACAGCAUGGUGGACUACAUGCAUGUUCAAGAGGGAACUAGUCCUAGUUUUUCAGAGCCCCCACAGACUGAGGCGAGCAGCCAAAGUCCAAAAAGUCCUGGUCAGUCAAAUGUUCAAACUAUCGGCAGUCCUUGUCCUGCUUCUCCAGGUCAAACAAGCCUCCUGCCAGUUAGCUUUAGUCCUCCACACUGUAGUAGCUCACGGUCUGCUAGCCACAGUCCACCUAGGUCUAGUCCUGCUGGUCAAGCUAGUCCUGUUCACAUACAGAGCACCUGUAGUCCAGUCCAAAGACAGUCUCCCUCGUUAGCUAGCUCAACAAACAGCAGCCCCGCACAUGCUACUGUAUUGGCUUGUUUUAGCCCACCUCACAGUCCAGCUCAGGCCAGGGAAACGCCUCGUAGCCCCGCUCACAGCCCGGCUAUCGACACAGGAACCAGUUCAAGUCUGGAUGUGGACUCUAGUUCCAUCCUCCAGAGCUGCGAUCUUCUCAGUGUGGUUCGCAUGGAUCCUUAUGUUGUUAUUAAGCAGAUGAGCCCAGCACCUGCUAGUUCUCUACCUGAUGGCUCUGUUAGUCCCAACCAGGCCCCGGCUAGUCCUGUUUCCACCCCCAAGCACAGCCCUGCCUCCCAUGCUGUUGAUGCUACUUCCACCCCGGCUAGUCCAAGCCAUGCUAGUCCCACUCAGGAUACCACUGCGAUGCCUAGCACUAGCCACAUUAGUGAAACCCCCGCUAGUCCCCCACCCUGCACCCCCUCACAGGUUAGCCCUCCUCAUGCUAGCUCUGUGCACAGUAGCCCAGCUGCUAGUCCGGUUCAUGGUCCUGUACUGUCAGGUGAGACAGAAGUUAGUCCUACAAACCCUCUGAGGCUAGAGGGUGGUUCUGGUAGCCCUCUGCGGUGUGAGGCUAGUCCUGGUAGCCCUCUGCGGUGUGAGGCUAGUCCUGGUAGCCCUCUGCGGUGUGAGGCUAGUCCUGGUAGCCCUCUGUGGUGUGAGGCUAGUCCUGGUAGCCCUCUGCGGUGUGAGGCUAGUCCUGGUAGCCCUCUGCGGUGUGAGGCUAGUCCUGGUAGCACUGUGCAGCUAGAGGCUAGUUCUGGCCCUGGUAGCCCUCUGAGGCUAGAGGCUAGUCCUGGUAGCCCUCUGCGGUGUGAGGAGACUCCUGGUAGCCCUCUUCGGUGUGAGGAGACUCCUGGUAGCCCUCUGCGGUGUGAGGCUAGUCCUGGUAGCACUGUGCAGCUAGAGGCUAGUUCUGGCCCUGGUAGCCCUCUUCGGCUAGAGGCUAGUCCUGGUAGCCCUCUGCGGUGUGAGGAGACUCCUGGUAGCCCUCUUCGGCUAGAGGCUAGUCCUGGUAGCCCUCUGCGGUGUGAGGAGACUCCUGGUAGCCCUCUUCGGCUAGAGGCUAGUCCUGGUAGCCCUCUUCGGUGUGAAGAGACUCCUGGUAGCCCUCUUCGGUGUGAAGAGACUCCUGGUAGCCCUCUUCGGUGUGAGGAGACUCCUGGUAGCCCUCUGCGGUGUGAGGAGACUCCUGGUAGCCCUCUUCGGCUAGAGGCUAGUCCUGGUAGCCCUCUGCGGUGUGAGGAGACUCCUGAGGAUUCUGAAUCCAGUUUUAUUCCUGGUCCCACGAGCCCCGUGCAGCCUGAAGCUGGUCCUGGUUCUGGUCCUGAGGAGGAGAAGUUUGAGCAGGAAAAGAAGACUGAAGAAGAGGAGGAGGAGGAGAAGUUUGAAGAGGAGGAGGAGGAGAAGUUUGAAGAGGAGGAAGAGGAGGAAGAGGAGGGUCAUCAGACAGUAAAGGAGAGUCCAUUAGAAGAGGAGUCGGAGGGAGGGGAGCAGGAAGUCCUGAAUGAAGACUCUCCUCUCGAUGCUCCUCCCUCACCACACUCUGCCUCCCCCCUUCCUCCCUCCCCCUCUCCUCCCCCUCCUCACAGAACUGCCUUAACCCCCCACAGUCUCCCUCCUCUUUCCACCGAUCAAAGAGAAACCCCAACUCCCUGUCAUGUGACAUCAACGGACGACGAAAGCCAAUCACAGAGCCAGGUUCAAUCCACCAAAGACGAGCACCAAUCACAAGCGGAGCCUUCAGAGAGAGGGGCGGGACAUGAACUACAGGAGCCAAUAGCAGAAGAGGAAGAGGAGCAGGAAGAGGAAGUGGACGAAGAAAGGGAGGACCAGGAGGACCAGGAGGACCAAUCACACGCUGAGCCUUCAGAGAGAGGGGCGGGACAUGAACUCCAGCAGCCAAUAGCAGCAGAGGAGGAAGAGGAGGAGAGGGAGGCGGGGCUUGAACUACAGGAGCCAAUAGCAGCAGAGGAGGAGGAUCGGGAGGAUCUGGACGACCAAUCAGACGUGGAGGAGCUUGAAAUGGACGCCUCUUUAGACCUGGAGGUGAUGGCGUUGAUGACCUCGUCUCCCCCUCCUUCUCUCCUUCACCUUUCCUCCCCCAUCCCUCCCCCACGGACAUCUCGAAGACUUCCUCCCCCCUUUUCCUCCAGACCCUCCGAUGACCUCUCCAUCCGCUUGAGGUCGUCUCCCUUCUCCACCGAAGCCUCCCCAGAAACCUCCCCCCUCAGAGCCCCCGUCACCCCCCCUCCUCUCUCCCCUCCCUCACCCCUUCUACGGUACUCACCCCCCAUCAGAGAAACAACACCACUCUCAAAGCCCCCAUCCCUCCCCCUCACAGUUCUCCCCCUCAUCCCAAAGAUCGGGAUGGGGAAACCGGCCAUCACCAAGAGGAAGUUCUCACCUGGGAGAGCCAGAGUCAAACAGAGUUCGUGGUGGAGCAGCCGUCGGGUGGUGAGUCCUCCCUCCUCCUCCCAGGACUCGAUGGGGGAGGCAGGGUGUGAGAGCCCGAAGCACCCAGACUCCCCCCUGUGGAGCGUCAAAGUG